UGGAGUAAUGAGAAUCAAACAUGGCUCUUGUGAUGAAGUUUGUGGAGUUGGUUUCAACUUUUCUCCAAAAUUCCUCUGGAACUUUUCUUUUCUUAACGUUACUUGUUGCAGUCCUUAUACCGUUAGUUGUCUUCAGAAUCCGUGCAAAGCUGAAUAAAAGAGGACCAAACCCUUUCACCUUUGACUGUCGAAGGCCACCUCAACCCCUGGUCUUAGACCAGGCGGAACGGGACAAAGUGAUCAAGCAAGGAUUUGUUGCGCGGAAAGUGCCUGACAACCUCGAUGCUAUCGUGAUAGGUAGCGGAAUUGGAGGGCUUACCUCUGCAGCCCUUUUGGCGAAGGCAGGAAAGAAGGUUCUGGUGUUAGAGCAGCAUGAUCAAGCAGGAGGAUGCUGCCAUUCGUUUAUAGACAAAGGUUAUGAGUUUGAUCCAGGUAUUCAUUACAUUGGAGAAAUGAACUGCACAGGAACAAUGCGUCUUCUCUCAGAUCAACUAACUGAAGGUCAGCUGGAUUGGGUUCCCCUUGAAAAACAAUAUGACACUGUAGUGAUUGGCAAUGGAGAUAAUACAAGAAAGUACCCAAUCUGUGGUGGACGGCAGAAUGAAUACCGCAAUGCUUUGUAUGAGAGUUUUCCAAAAGAAAGGAAAGCUAUUGAUCAAUACAUGAAACUGCUUAAGGAUGUUCGUAAAUCAAUGCCAGGUUAUGUAGCUUUCAAACUCAUGCCUGUAUGGUUGGCCAAAUUCAUGUUUACAACUGGAAUUUCAAACUGGAUGACAAAGUUUUUCAAGUAUUCUAAAAGAUCAGUUGCAGAAGUGUUGGAAGAGCUGACAGAUGAUAAGGAUCUUCAAACUGUCCUGGCAUACAAUUUUGGUGACUAUGGGACUCUUCCAGGAGAAGGCAGUUUUGCAAUGCAUGCUAUACUUGCAAAUCAUUACCUAUUUGGAGCAUUUUAUCCACGUGGUGGGGCAAGCGAGAUUGCUUUCCACAUCAUUCCGGUUAUAGAGAAAGCGGGUGGAAAAGUUCUAGUCAGAGCAAGGGUCUCCAAAAUUCUUGUUGAGGAAGCUUCUGGGAAAGUACAAGGUGUACGUGUUCAAAAGGGCGGUAGUGAGAUGGAUAUUUUUGCUCCAGUUGUGAUUUCGGCUGCAGGGAUCUACAACACAUUUGAGACCCUUCUUCGAUGUGAGGAACCCAUACCCAACAAGAACCUGCUAAAAUCCGAGGGUGUUCGUCAUGGUUACGCGGCCAUGUCGGUCUACGUCGGCCUCAAGGGGACGAAAGAGGACUUCAGACUAAAAGCUUCCAAUGUAUGGGCUUUCACCGACAACGAACUCGAUAAAAGCACUAGGAAGUACUUACAGUCGGACGCUGCUACCGCCGGAACUGAAGAUAUUCCCCUUUUGUUUAUCUCCUUUCCCUCGACUAAAGACCCCGAGUGGGACAGGAGACACCCCGGUAAAACGACAUGUACCGUCAUCACUCUUGCCCCGUACGAGUGGUUUGAGCGUUGGGAGAACGAACGGGUUAUGAAGCGGGGCGAGGAAUACGAGGAAUUCAAAAACCGUAUCGGCAAGCGCAUCUGGGAACAAACUUGCAAGCUCUUCCCGCAAGUUUGCGACCGGGUUGAUUUCUUUGAUGUCGGGAGUCCGUUGAGUAACAGAUACUACAUCGCUGCUCCUCGUGGGGAGAUAUACGGGAUUGAUCAUCACAUUGACCGGUUCAGUCCCAACGCCGUGAUGAAACUCCGCCCGGAUACGUCCAUCCCUGGGUUAUACCUGACCGGACAGGAUAUCUUAAGCUGUGGGUUCGCUGGAGCGAUGUUCAGCGGGGUGAUUACUGCUUCAGCUGUCCUUAAGAGAAAUUUAUUCGCGGAUAUGAGUCGUCUUCAAACGGAGGUGAAGAAAAAAGCAGCGAAGAGUGCAGACAUGGAAAACGGAGUGGCCAGUGAUGGUUUAGUCAAAGAGUGAUCCUAAACUUAUUUGGUCAUAAACCAAACUCUACUUCUCGCAAUGGAGCGUUUAUCUAACUUUACUAUUCCAUAUUAUCUGAUUGAUUGAUGAAGUUCGUAAUUACUUGAGAGAGUUAUAGAAUCCUAAAGAAGGUUUUAUUUGAAGGUGAUGAUGGUUCUCAUUGAGUUGAAUACUAUUAAUUAAUUACGUAUUAAUUAAUUACGUAACGUUAAUGAAAGGUGUGGAAAUUAUUUUUAAUCAAAAACAUAUCUUUCGUAGAAUGAUAAUAUAAUUAUAACAAAGGUUGAGAAUUAUGCCGAUAACUCCAGCCGCCGCUUCAAACAUUUAACCGUUUAAAUCCUGACAUCAGUUGGUAAAUUUUCCAUACUGUUCUUUAUACACUUCCUUAGGUACUGACAAGGACAAUUUGUUCAACUAUCGAGAGUGAUCUUAGUUGGUGAUCAUUUCCUUAAUUCUCGUGACCAUAAUCUGAUAUUUAGGGGUGAUAUUGGAAGGAGAAAUUAGAUGCUAGUCCCUGUAAGGGAAUAGAGAAGGUAAUUAAACGGAACUUUAAUGUUUUGGACUGGUAAGUCCUAAAAUGAGUGAUUUGUAUCAUUCCCAGUGAUUACUUAAACGUGGUUAUCUAGUAUUCUUGAUUACUUGUAUAGGACAACUGGAACAUAAUUCGUGUAUUUCGAUAGAAGAGGAGAGUAGGGUACUAGUGGUCUAUUCGUAGAAACUAUCGGCUUAUUUAAGUGAUUUUAAAUAAAGUUCUCAAUU